UUAAAAAAAAGUCGCACGGCAGUCAGUCAGAGAUGGACAAGUUUAAUGCAGUCCUGAAGAUUGCAAACAAACAGACUAACCUUGGUUUUGGGUUCGUCUCCUUGUUGACGGCUGGAGGAGAGCAGAUCUUCUCCUCGGUGCUCUUCAGGUGUCCUUGCAAUGAGCUGAACUUCCUGUACGGCAUGGUGUUCCUUCUGGUGCCUGCUCUGGCUCUACUACUGCUGGCUUACAUCUUAAGUAAAAAAAUGUGGAAGAUGAUGACAGGGUUUUGCCAACAUGGAACUAAUUGGUCCUGCUGCAAGAGGAUAUCUCACUGUCUAAAGAUAAUCUUUCAGAUCAGCACCACAGCGCUGGUGGCACCAUCCAGUUGGAUAGCCGUGGCUCUGCUAAAUGGGAACUACUUUGAGUGUGCAAUGACAGGUCUCAACGUGACUGAUUACAGUGAGCGUCUCUGUGGAGGUGCCACCUCUCUGGUCGAGUGUCGAAAGGAACUCCACAAGUUCCCUUGUGGGAGAGGCAGCAGUAUCAAUGACAGAGAAGCUGUCCUGCUCAACAUUAGGGCUCAUUCACAGAUCCUUGGCUGGCUGUUGAUUGCAUCUGUCAUGUUGUCCAACCUUUUGUUGACCUGUUUGGCUCGGUGCACGUCGCCCGUCAGCUACCUACAGCUCAAAUUUUGGAGGGUUUAUUCUCAGGAAGAGAGCAACCUCAUGGACUCCUACAGAAUGAUCCAUGCCAAAGAAUUAGCAGAGAGAAACCUGGAAAGUUUCUUCAAACAAACAAUGCCCCGACAUGUCGUCACUCCCUCCAACAAAGAUUGGGAGAAAAUCUCUGCGCUCUACAAAUUCAGCACCAAAGACUACUACUACAGCACGUUACACAAGUAUGUGGAGACAGGGAUGAUGCCAAUGGCCUCAGUUAAAUCAAUGGAGACACCUGCAGACAAUCCCGCUGUUCUUAAUUUUGUGGAUGAAGGUGGGGUGGGCUUGUAAGGAUGUCUGCCGGGCACCCUUAUUUUAGACUUGCGUUUGCCAAAAUACUGGCUAUGUUUUGAAAAAGCAUGUUUAGGUUCAGUCAGGUAACAUGAAUACAUAGUGUAUUUUCAUAUACUUGUGAAAAUAAAGUCUGAGAUGUACAGUCUA